AUGAUUGACGUGUAUUCCCCGCCUGGGCUGGAGCGACUCCAAGGCAAGGGUAGGGUGGCCACCUUGGGCAUGUUCAUUAUCGACCACUUUGAGGUUACAGAUCAGCACGGGAAUCUCGUAUCCACAGAAGAUGAAGCGCUGACUUGGCUUAUAGCCAUGAUUGCUGCCCGACAGUUUCUCCCAUCGAGCCAUGUUGGUCUGCUCGUAGAUAAGGGAUUUGAUUUCCCUCCAAGGUUUACCGAGGAUCUCGAGAAGCUUGGCAAGGACAUGAUAUGGUUUCGACAUCGGGAUGGCCCAACUACCCGAGCUCUCAAUAUCUACUCUGGCCGCAAGAUAGGAGAGGGUCAUCAGUCUUUCAAGUACAUCUCGCCACAACUGCAGAUCUUCCCCAGGGAUCUCAUUGUUGAUCCAUCGCCUUUCGCCAAACCUCUUGCACCCGAAUGGAUACAUGUUGUCUGCGGGUCUCCCCGUAUGAAGCUCAUAGUUGAAGAGCUAGAAGGACUUAAGCGAGAUGCUGUCAACGAAGGGGCUUCUCCUUUGGAAUCACAGCUUGUAUGGGAACCCUUACCGUUCAGCUGUACCCCUGGCGAGUCUGAAAGCCUGAUUUGGCUUGCGUCCCGUAUCGCUAUCUUCAGCCCCAACCUUCUGGAGCUCCAAUCUAUCCUCGGCAUCUCCACGGUCUCGAGUCCAACCCACAGCGAUGCUGAGAUAGCAGCUCGUGCCUUCUUGAAACUUCUCACAGAAAAGUAUCCCAACGUACCGGCUCCUGCCAUAGUGGUGAGAGCUGGGGAACUAGGGGCAUUCACACUGUCGCCGGACUGGACAGGCUGGGUUCCCGCAUUUUGGAGAGAGGAAGAACAAUCUCAAGUGGUUGAUGUCACGGGCGGAGGUAAUUCGUUCCUUGGGGGACUGUUAGCCGGUCUCUUGCUCUCCGACGGGGACAUCAAAGCAGGUAAUGUCUUUCUGCCCUUUUGA